UGCUCCGCGCGUGAAGGGUGAUCAGCUGACAGUUACCGACAUCGAUGUUUCUUUGACAAGUGUACAUUUCACAAUGGAAAGAGAAUUAUGUCCGCCGCUUCUGAAAGUGGACUCGAACCUUGGUUACACCAUCAACUCGUCCAACCGCAGCAUCAACAGUGUUGUUAACGUCCUCUGCAACAACCGCACAGUUACUGUGCUCAAGUGCCUUUCAAGUAGAGUCUGGAACGGCACCAAGGCGCCCUGUACACCAGACGUGGAAGUUGCAGAGGCAGAAGAGGUUCAGGUGGAGACAAUCAUCAUCAUCGUGUGGGUGCUAGGUGGCGUCCUGCUGCUCGCGCUGCUCGUGCUCCUUGCUGUCAUUGUGACGUCACACAAGAAGGAUGUCAGGGGGAGUUCACCCAGAACGUCGAUCUUCACCGUAUCGUCCAACCGAAAUUCACGAGGGGGAGACAACCCAGCCUUCACCACUGAGAACGAAUCCCCACAAGGCCAAACGUCCUUAGCCAGAAAUAGUUCCCACAGGUCGUCGCUCCGUCCUCCGUCCUAUCAUGAAGCUGUUUCUGGUAGAAUCAUCUGUGUCCCUGGCAUGGCCGCAAGGAUGUCACCGGACGUGGGUAGAGCGACGCCUAGCGGCGGUAGAAGAGAGAUUAACAGCCCGAGAACUCGCCAAAAUAGGGAAGAAAAUACCAGGUCAACCAACGGUGCUAGAGGACGCUACGUAUAUGAUUACCCGUCAUGUUACUGGGAGGAAGAACCACCACCUCCAUAUUCACUUGUGGUCGGAGACAGACCCGAACCAUCUUCGAGACUUCCAGCAAGCGCGUCACAUCCACCUCGAGGUGCAACGAGUGCUGGUAUAGAGUCUUCCAGAAUUCAACACAUAGAACGACACCGGCCCCUUCAAACCUCGGCUCCCAUAGCCAGGUCAGUUAGAGUAUGAUUGUUUCUGACUGUGAAGAGUUUGGAUUUCAAAAGCAGCGACGGCUCGAGAUUUGCAUCGGGGUGCGACGAGAUUCGCCGAGACCAGUGCAAUCGUUCCAAAGUGACAGAACACUUUUAACGCUUUUGUGAUUUUUCACCAAAACACGGGUGAUGUCAUCUCAAGUCACGUGACCGUCCAGAGACAAUGUCAAGAAGUCCCCAUGUGCAAUAUAUUUCAACGUGCAAUCUGACAUUUGAUAUUGACAUUCCUCGUGUAAUUACCUGCAGUGGGUAUCAUGUAGAAACAGACGUGCUUUAGUAACGUGUGCAGUGACUCUGUGUGCCAAACUUUGUGUAAUGGCUGCCUGAAGUACAGGGUGGCAUCUUGUGUCUGCUUUAUUAUGCUAGUCAUGUACAAAUUAUCAGUAGGUGUCAAUUUUGUGUAUGCUUAAAAUCGGUGCUACCAAACAGUAUUACUUCUUCAGUACCACAAUACUCGUGUUCCAGCCGCCACACUGGAUGUAAAUUCCAGGGAGUGGCCAUCCUUCCUAACGGGCUGCCAAUGGCCGUGAAAGGGCCGCUAUUCUUUUUAUUGUUCUAAUUCUAUCAAUUGCCACGUCACAAAGCAGAAAUACCUGUCGAUCUCUUACCAAAUGUGCCUCCUAUCAUUUCUUCCAAAUAGUUGAACAGUGGCUUUUGUAUGACCCCAAACUGUCAUUUAAAAGCCGUAUUUCUUUUUCUAGAUGUACCGUCCUUGACUUAACAUUAAACUAACAGGCCAUUCACUUAAUUUCUCGUCAACCGUGACUCCGGAACUAAACCAAUCAGAAUUGCGUACGGUCAAACCCUUCUGCUACAUUUCGAUGUUGAAAUUUGGAUGUGAAGUUAAGACAUUAACAGGCAUGUAGCAACAAGGUCCGUUUCAUGGCAAUGCAUCCAAAACUGACAAGAAUCAACUUUGGCAGUCCCGUAGCGAAGGUGAGCGUGUACAGAUUGUGUAAGUAUGUAGAUAAGUAGAUAGCAUGUGCGAGUGCUAGAGUCAUCCAAAGAACACUGUAUAUAGACCACUCCGUGCUUCCUCGACAUCGUGUCAGGUAGCUUUCGCCACCAUUCGUGUCGUUCCGGGAUUUGCCGUGCAGGUUACGGAAAGGGGCGAGCGGUGGCGAAUGAUCAAUUAGUCUAACUAGUUCAGCAACUUGUCGGAUCUUUCCGUCACCACGGAUACGACCGAUCUGGAUUUUGCGGCAUUGCCUAAACGGUAUUAUUGACAGAAGUCUUCCAUUAGCAGAUUAGAUCAUCUUCACAUGUACAUAUACAUUUACUGCAAUUCACAUUGCACUGUGCACCUGAGCCUUAAAUCAAAGUUGUGUAUAUAUAAUCUAAAAGUAUUACAUUUUCUGUCGUUCGCGUUAUUUUGAAUGUUCACAAUGUUUAAUCCAGUGAGUGAAGGUUGUAAUCGUCUUUGUUUUAAAUAGAAGUCUCAUAGCUAACCCUGUCGCCAGUGACCUUGUGUCAUAUAUCCCCACUGCUAGCUUGUUUCAGUUCCCACUCCUGUACAUUGCACCGUGUGAUAAUCUUUUGUAAAUGUGUUUUAAAAUGUGAUGUCAUCCAUGUCAUAUUAAUCUUUCACUUUCAUACUGCUCCUGUAAGUGUGCCUUCAUAUGUUUUGAUACAGUAAUAUAUUUACCUGUUUACAUGUAAACCCAUGUAGUGUGCCUUUCACUCAAGUCUGUGAUGUCUGUCACUACAGACACAUGUCAUCACACAACGUUCAUGCCCAUCCCCAAUCGUCUGUUACCCAAGGGGGCGAUGUUCACGAUAUCAUUGUAAAUAAUCACAUGUAUCUACAGCUCACUGAAAGAGACGAGUACCAACAUUUGCAGGAAAGCAAUAUUUAUGGCAAAUAUGACCAUACGUGAUUUUAAGGGUGCUCUUGCAGGCUGUCUUGUACUAAACAUCUGGCUAGCUAUUCUCGAAACGUUCUAUCCCUACGAACUUCUUAAGCCCAUUCUUAACACAUCCCUACGAUCUAAGUUUGCCAUUCUUAGGGCUACGAUCGUUUCGAGAAUAAGUGCCCUGAUCUUAUAGACUACAUACGAUGAAAUCCAGUUUCGAGGUAUCUCUGUAAUCAUUGCUAAAACUGUUUUAUACUUUAUUACGACUUUGUGAUUAUAUGCAAUGACCUGUCCCUACUUCGUGUGCCUGACAAUAUGUCCAUGUUGUUACUUGUUUUUUCCCUGUCCAUUUUCAUUAUUGUCUUCCAAAUAAAGACGUUUUAAAUGUA